CCCGCGACGAGAAGCCUCUGAGACGGAGACGCACCGGAAUCAAGGAAGCGCACGCGUCCGCCGAGAUAAGCCGUCCUUCCGCCUCCACCUCUCCUCCCACAGCUCGCCGCCGCCUGACACCGGGGACCAGCCUCUAGUCAUGGCUGUCCUGCUCCGCACCACCACCUGCGCCACCGCCGCGACCGCCGGCUCCUCCUCGACCCUCCUCGCCACAACCUUCCGCCGCGGCCGCCGCCUCCUCCCAGCCCGCGCUUCGCCGCCGCGCCGCGCCUUCACUGCCCGCGCCUCGGCCGAGCCUCUGGAGGUUUGCGCCAAGGCCUCCAUCACCGUCCCCGACCGCCUCGGCGACUGUCCUUUCACGCAGAGAGUUUUGUUGACGAUAGAGGAGAAAAACCUUCCUUAUGAAUUAAAACUAGUUGAUCUUGCUAACAAACCAGAUUGGUUGUUUACAAUUAACCCAGAAGGUAAGGUGCCUAUUGUAAAGCUCGAGGACAAAUGGGUUGCUGAUUCUGAUGUUAUAACACAAGUGUUAGAAGAAAAGUAUCCUCAACCAUCCUUGGCAACUCCACCAGAAAAGGCUUCAAUAGGGUCAAAAAUAUUCUCCACAUUCAUUGGCUUUCUCAAGAGUAAAGAUACCAAUGAUGGAACAGAACAGACACUACUUAGUGAGCUGACUUCAUUCGAUAGUUAUCUAAAAGACAAUGGUCCAUUUAUCAAUGGUGGAACAAUUUCUGCCGCUGAUCUCUCUCUUGCUCCGAAAUUAUAUCACAUGGAGAUUGCUCUUGGUCACUAUAAGAAUUGGUCUGUCCCAGAUGCACUUGCACAUGUGAAAACAUACAUGGAGACUAUUUUCUCAAUGGAUUCAUUUGUCAAUACUCGGGGCCUGCCAGAGGAUGUCAUUGCUGGAUGGCGCUCAAAAGUCAUUGGUUAAGUCACGAUAGUAAAGUAAGACAUCCAGAUAAGCUGAGAGAUGAGUCUAUCGAGUGAUAAAGGGUGAGGAGGUUUCCAAGUUAUGUGUAUGAGCUGCAGAUAUUUACUGAAGAAUUUCAGUGUAAAGCUUUGAAGGUAAUUUUGUCAGAUCUUUUUUCUUUUGCUCUCAGUAUCAAAUGGAAAGUGUCAAUAUAAACGUUAUGGAAUUAUAAUUUGUCAUGGAACCUCGUUUUGUUAAAUGUAUAAAUAGAGAGACAUGGCUGUCUCCAUUGUUGCAUUGUUUAUUUAAAACCUUACUCGCCAAAAUAUAUAAGCUGUGAUACGGACCAAGCUUUUGGGAAGUUGAUGAAAGAUCAACAGAUUAGCUGGUCCAUUUCGUUGUAAAAUGUAAAUUGUAAAUAGUAAGUAUUCUUCCAUGUGAUUUGAGUUCGUUGCAGAAUCAGUGAUUAUAUGAACCAAUCAUGUAAUAAUUUAUCCAUCGUUAUCCUAAGCUAGGUCCCACAACUGUGAGAUA